AUGAUAUUUUCAUUUCUAUAUUUGAUUUUAUUUAUUUCUUCUAUUAAAAGUUGUCCAUUAAAAACAGUUGAUAUUCAUUCAGGUUGUUAUUGUGGUAUUGAAAUUGAUGGACGAAAUUAUAUUCAUUGUCAUCCAUAUUCAAUUUAUAAAAUACCUGAAUUUACACGUUCAUAUAUACAUAAUAAAUUAAAUUUAUCAAAUAAUUUUAUUGAAUAUUUAACAAAUAAAUCAUUUCAUCAAUUAAAAGUACAACGUAUUUAUAUUGAAAAAAAUCCAAUAAAAUUUAUUGAUAAACAAACAUUUAAUAAUAAUCUUCUACAUUAUCUUGAAGAACUUUAUAUUGAUACAAUAAAUAAUGGUAGUUUAGAAUUUCUUUGUUAUGGUAUAUGGAAAAAACUUCGUAUACUUAAAUUAUCAAGAUUUAAUUUAAAUCAAUAUCAAUAUUGUUUUGAUAAAUUAAUUUAUCUUGAAAAAUUAACUAUACAAUAUUCACAUAUUGAUAUUAUAUCUCAUCAUAUAUAUAAACUUCCAUUUUUAUAUGAACUUUCAUUAAUUAAUAAUGAAAUUGAUUAUUUAAAUUUUGAUGAUCAAUAUUUAAUUUAUUCAUCAUCAAUACAAAUAUUAAAUUUAACAUCAAAUCAACUUCAAACAAUACCCAAUGAUUUAAAUGUACGUUUACCACAUUUAAUCACACUUGAUCUUUC